AACUGGCGAGAUUGUGUCAUUUCCCGAGACGAGCGGGAGAUUCAAAACACAACCAGAGUCUGGUGCAUAUCCUGGGAUACAAUUGUGCAUUCUCUAGGGCAGUCAAAAUCUGCGAAAUUAACUUCGCUUCAAAAGGGUUUCCUGUCGCAAUGACUGACUGGAGGAAUACAGACGAACAACAGGCUCGUGAUGUGUAUGAGCGUGAGGUUCGUGUAAGGGACGCGGCGUACAGACUCCUGCAGCUCUGUACCCACAAAGAGCAGAAACUGGAGGCCACCAAGAACAUCCUUACCUCCAGUGCCAGAAUACACACACACCGCACCUACAGGCUCAUAAUUACAGUUAAUGUGUCGGGCUGGGCUGGGCUCGGACACAACGUGCACGGGGCCCCGAACCCCAGAGCGGCCAGGCUGCAGAGGAAGAGUCUCCUCUCAGGUCUGCGAAUUCCACUCAUGUGGAGAGACUCUGAUCAUUUCAACAACAAAGGAAGUUCGCGAUCCGUCGCUGUGUUCAGUUUGAUGAUUCUGGGUCGCCAUGUUCUGGACUCUGAGAUGCAGGUGGUGGACCGGAACAUGACGGACAUCUGCUUCAAUGGACAGAGUGUGUUUGAGGAGGUGGAGUCGGACUUCGACUUGAGGCUAGAGCUCUACAGCUGUUCCAUGGGGGAGGCUCCACCCCUCACUGCCACGCCCAGGAAACUGGCCAAUAAGUUUCGCUCAUCUCUGGGGAAGGCUGCAGGAAGGAAACUUCAACCACAGCCCGACUCUAUGCAGGAUGACUUCCUAGAGACACACCCCCUGCCAACGGGCGUGUCCUUUUCUUUGUUGGCGUUUACCUCAUUGGGCCUGGAGCAGGUUGGGCGAGACUUCCUGUCUCACUCACUCAACGUCACGCAGACUGCGGAGUCGUCGUCAUGGUUACCCCUAUACGGGAGUGUGUGCUGUCGCCUGCUCGCUCAGCCCGACUGUGUGAGACUACCAGCACACAGCGGGACCCUCUGCCAGCAGGUGUGUGUGGAGGGAGUGUUUCGGUCCUGCAGUCUGCACUGUGAGCUGCAGGGGGCGACACUGAGCUGCUGGUUCAGCCCUGAAGAGGUCCAAGCCAAGCUGGCCCCAUUCCUCACGCUGCCCAUCACUAUGGACACGUGUGUGAGAAUCCUGAGGGACCAGCAUGGCUCCGCCUCCAUGACCAUCAGCACUCCUGGCUCUGCCUCCAGCAGUCAUGUGUUCCGAGGCCCUGCCCCUGACCUGCAUGACUGGGCUGCUGUACUCUCCCAACACACACACGACCUGCGUUCCUGGAAGCAGUGCUGUGAUGAGCUCAUGCAGAUCGAGCUUUUGUCUCCCCGAAAACCACCGCUCUUCCAAGCAAAACAGCCAGAAACUGUUUACAGUGAACUAAGCAUCAACUCUCCUGGCAAGUUUGAGAGUGUGACCGACAUCAUCCACAACAAGAUCGAGGAGACUGGAGGCCGCUUUCUGAUUGGUCAGGAGGAGCAACUGGAGCCUCCUAAUUGGUCAGCUAUGUUUGAGGGCUCCCGCCCCCUGGUGGUGCAGAAGGUGGUGAUGUCUCCAGGGGAGGAGCCCCACCAAUCCUGCUUCAGUCCAGUCGCUCGGGGAAACAAGAAACGCAAAGCCCCGCCUCCCCCUCAGGACAAACUGCCGUAUGCACCGCCCACUCCGACAGUGUCAUCCCAGCCGUCCAAUCAGGAGAAGAGGAGGGUGUUAAAGCCACAGGAGAACCUCUCUACAGACACAUCGUCCAAUCUGGAGAAGAGGAAGGAGUUAAAGGCGGUUCCUCGGUCAGGACGGCGGUCUCUUGACAGCAAGUUCUCCUCAGUCAUACAACAGCUGCAGAAAAAAGCUUCCUCCAACCAAAGCGCUCUACAGACAACUGCCUCAACCAAUAGGAACCCUCCACUGAGCCUACAGCAGCCACCAGUCCCUGCCCCCCGGCACAAACUGAGGAAGUCGUUCAGGCAGAUCAUGAACCCUAAAGCCUUCUGAGCCUUUUGAACCUAACCCUGACCCUGCAUCUCAGCCCCUAAACCCCAACCCUGACCCUGCAUCUCAGCCCCCUAAACCCCAACCCAUUUGAA